AUGAACCCUUGGUAUGAAAGCCAGAUGCGGGAUUUCAUCGAGCACGCCCCUGGUUUGAGACAGGAUCACGGCCGCGUCGUGGAGGUCGACGAGUUCGCGAACGAGUUUGCCGGGGGCGAGGACAUGUACGAACAGUUGGCCGAUGCGUUCAAGGAGCUCUCCGAGAUGAAACCCGCGCUGAGGCUGGGGUCUUUGGACUCCACGGAGCGACAGCUGAAAAUGUGCUUGGAGAAGCAGCGCGUGUGCACGAAGGAUGGGUCGCACCCAGCGGCCGCCUUGCAGAAGUGGAACCGCGUGCUCGCCGAGGCGAUCGGCUUGCACCCGCACGACGCGACGAUCCACCAGUGGAUGGAGGAGAGUGCGGAGGCGUUGGUCAAGCUCGACCAAGGCUCCAAGAUCGAGGCGCUGCGCACCCUCUCCAAUGGCGUUGCGGAGGCGUGCGUGCGCAACCCGCAGAUCUCCACCACCGCGGCCGUCUCUUCUAAAGUUGACCCCUUGCUGGGCGCCGUGACUGGAGCGCACGUCGACCCCAACUACUUGACUGACCACCACGCCGAGGCCAUGUUGGAGUGCGCCAUCGCCCUGGGCGAGACCGUGGCCUUCGAGGUGACCAUGCAGAAUGUGAGUUCCAUCGACGCGGCCGCCGCCGAGAAGUUACUGAGCGUCUCCAUGAAGCUGGCCGCGGUCGUCGGGGCCAAGGCCAACUUCGGGUGCGCCUACGCGCCGCUCUUGCAAAAGGUCGUCUGGUUGAUGUCGCAGUGGGUUGACUUUCAAUGCGUCGCCUCGCUGCUCGAGCAGCCGCCCCUCAUCGAGAACAUCUUGGCCUUCAGCAGCUUCGACACGAAGAUCAAGCAGCUCAAGCAGGCGGCUGUUGAGGUGGGCGAGAUGAUGACUGUCACCCAGGGUCGCGACGACUACACGGCCAUCAAGCUGAAGCAAUUCGCCACAGAGGGUUCGGCGAGCUUGACGAGGAUCCUGGACGCCAACGCGGCCGCCAAGAAGGAUGCAGUGAUCACGGCAUCAGUGGAGUUGGCCAAGGUCGCUUCGGGCCCGCAGGCGGACGACAGCGCCCCCAUCGUGAAGUGGCAGGACUCGUUCAAGGGGUCGACGUUCUCCGACUUCUUGGCCCACUGCGACGACACCGUCUUGAAGAUCAACCCCAUCGAGCUCAAGAAACUCAUCGAUGACGGACUGGAGGCCGCCGCCGCGUACAAGGAGGCCGCCGAGUUGAGCGGCGCCGAGCCCUCCACGGUCGUCCUCGAGAACGCGGCGGCGGCCGUGCUGAACGCCCAGGUCUCCAAGGUCAGCGGCGUGCUCGCCCACAAGUUCAAGACUGUGACUGAGUUGCAAGUCUUGCGGGACGCCGUCCAGUCAGAGCUGCUGGCGUUCCGUGCUGACACCAAGCUGAAGAAGGAAGCCGCUCUCCUCCAUCCAGCCCUCAUGGCGCGGGUGAAGCUGGCGCUUCAGAUGAAGCCUGCGCCGCCCUAG